AGAGGAGUCUCCAGAGCUCUGACCUAGACAAGAAGGCAGUAUAUUCACUAGUCCAAGGCAUACCUGUGGAUACUCAGACUUAAAAGAUUCCAACAUCAGGGUCAAGGGAGAGGCUCGUGUGAAGAGCACCUACACGUGAAGCCUCUGCUUUUUGAGAUGGUUCCCAGAAAGGUGAUGGCAACAUUUCUUCUUCUGUACAUGGUAGCCAUGCUGGCUAAACAGAGUGAAGGUUUCAUCUCCUUCUUCAACCCAGGAGAAUUUGAAAGGAUGCAGGCACGAGAGAGGAACCAAGGUCAAAAGGAAUCUCUGACCAUGCAGAAGCGAUCAGACACAAAAGGUUUUGCAAAGUUUUCAGAAGAUGGGCAAGUCAUCAAGCUGAUUGCUCCUGUAGAAAUUGGAAUACAUCUGAACUCCAGACAGCUGGAAAAAUAUCAAGAUGCCCUGGAGGAACUCCUAACAGAGAUGUUUCCAGACCCUCAGAAUGUUAAUUGAUGUUUUUGGAAUCAGAAGAAAAAAGUGAGAUACUGCCUGAAGAUUCACUUAAUGGAACCUCUGUCUAUAAGGCACAUCAGAAAAAAAAUGUUUCUGUGAGUUAAUAAAGCAUGA